ACCUGAACCCGACCAAGCAGGUGGAGCCUUUUUUAGAAGGCCUCUGUCGUCCAUCUCAGCCGAAACUACACGACACGACACACGAUUAGGAAGUCUUGCCUGAUUUAGUUCAAGUAGUUCUGAUUUUUGGAUCUCCUAUUCAACCAGACGGAGGAACGCAGUAAAACAAACUGCAAAGAUCAGCGCAAAUAUGUUUUUUGCUUGGUUGGUUUCGACGCUCUUGUUUGCGACGACAGGUGUAAGUAGCUUCUCAGUUACGACAUCCAAUGCAAACGUGCAAGUGAAAGAAAAUGAAGGGGUUGAUCUGACAUGCUCAUAUUCUGCGGACUUUGGUGAAAGUGCCAGGGUGGAAUGGAAGUUCAAAGACCUUACAGGGUCACAGAAAUAUAUCUAUUAUAACGGCAAAACCACAUCAACGUACGGCAACCGGGUGACAAUAUAUGGCAGCAAUCUAAGAUUCAGUAAAGUGACCCGUUUGGAUAACGGCAUGUACGACUGUGAGGUGUCUGGUGUUAACAGCCAAUUUGGGGAGGCCCGGGUGAAGCUCACAGUUCUUGUGCCUCCCUCGCCACCCUUGUGUAGGAUUCCCUCCUCCGUAACGACCGGCAAGAGUACCACUCUGUCCUGCCACGAUAGAGAUGGCUCGCCCCCUCCCCAAUACAGGUGGUACCGAAACAAUGUUCUUCUACCACCUGAGCCUAGCAAGAUGUCCGGCUUCCAGAAUAGCACCUAUGUGCUGAACUCGGCCAAUGGCAACCUGGAGUUCCCCGCUGUCAGAAAGACGGAUACAGCGGAGUACCUCUGUGAGGCUUUCAACAACGCUGGUCCUCCACAGCGCUGUCGAGCUGUGAAUAUGGAAGUCCGUGACAUUAACACCGGAGGCAUUGUUGCUGGGGUAAUCGUGGGUCUCCUGUUGCUCGCCCUGCUCGUUGUGGGAAUUUGGUAUGCUCACAAGAAAGGAUAUCUGCCCCAAAUGACUGAAAGCAAGCCAAAAACCAACGUGGUCUACCAGCCACCUUCUGUGUAUGGCGGUGAGGAUGAUGAUGGAGAGUUCAAGCAGAAGUCAUCAUUUGUGGUAUAGUCUGCAAGCAACAGUCAUGGCUGGUUUUAACUGUUUUAGUGUGCCCUUUUGUGGUUUUUACAUGUCAUCCCGGCAAUUUUUAUAUUAUAUGAUCUAAAGCUCUCUCGAACAUUUUUUUUUUUUUUUUUUUUACAACCUUCUGUAAAUAUGUUAUUUUUUAUUUGUGCCGUUGGUAAAAUCAUUCUUACUCGCCUUUGGUGUGACUGACAUUUUGUAAUAUGUUAGUUUAACGUUCCAUCGAAAAUACUGUAGAAAUUCUUCCAGAAAUUAACUUGUUACAUUUGUUCUCAAAUUCUGUUUGUCUAUGACUCCAGUUUGAGAAAUACAUUCGUUAAAAUAAUGAAAACAGGGUAAUAUACUGUAUUUGUCCCGAACUGUGAUUGUAUUUCCUGUGAAAAGCACAGUACUAGAGUUUGAGAGAUGUGCAUUGAUGUUCUAUUUUUACCUUUUCGUUUUAAUCUUGUAUAGUCUUAUCACAGCUAUGAACUUUUCUUGAAGAUUGGUUUUACUUUCUGGUAAUUUAUCCUCCAACAAUCAUGCGCUUGCAGCGUUGAUAUAGACAGAUGUUGGUGCAUAGAGUAUGAAUUUAUGCAAUAUCUGUUUUAUUGAAUAUUUAUUGGGAAAUCUUUUCCACAUUUUUGCUGCGUUUGGAGCUGAUGGAUUUACUUAACUAUGUAACUUUUCGGUAAAAGUAAAUAAAAUGUUUUCAUAUGUGUUAGUCUG